CGUCGCCGUCGUCGUCUGCGAAGCCGGCGCGGCGGCCCGGCGGCUCGGCGGUACGGCGGUUGCGCGAGUCAGAGUCAGGAGUCAGUCGCGCCGGCCGGGGCCUGAGAACCGGCAGCGAAGGAGGAAACGCAGAUCCGGCCGCUGCCACGCCUCACCGACCUGACGAGCCUGACGCACCACCUCAUCCCGAGAGACACGUAAGAUUUUAUUCGAGCCCCGCAGCCAUGGUGGACAACGGGUCAGCCCCUGACGCCCCCGUCCCGGUCGAGGCACCCGUCCCGCAGGCCGACACCACCUGGGUGUGCAUCGACGUGAGCGGGUCGAUUCGUGGCGGAACUAUCUACCCAGCCUGGGUGGCGGCGGACGUCCAGAAGAUCGAGACGACCACCGCCGAGACCAAGUGGAUCCUAUGGGGGAGCUGUGGCGAGUACAGGACGACGUGCACGGAGGUGGUCGAGUACCUAGGCGAUGAGGACCUGACCCUGGGAGGGACGAGCCCCGAGUGCUUCAUCCAGCUCCUGCCGGACGAGGGCGUCAUCGACCUGCACGUUUACACUGACGGGGAGAUCGGAGAGUGGGACGUGGAAGCGGCCAGGCUCGGGCUGCAGGAAGCGCACAAGAACCUGAAGGUGCGCCGGGUGACCAUCGUGUACGUCAACAAGGACCUCGACCAGAUGAACGUGGGGCUGUCGGCCAUCUUCGACGGGCACGUCCUAGUGUCGCACAGAACUCGGGUCUACGACGGCACUAAGCUGCACCAGUUCGACGCGACCCCGCUCGACGCUGCCGUCACCUUCACCGACAUCCUGGACGACUACCUCACCCUGGGCAAGACAGAGGCCGAGAUGACCAAGGGCAUCCACUACCUGGCGCAGCGCUUCGCCAACGCCGACGACAAGGUUCGCCAGGAGAUCCGGCGCGCGGUGCGCGAGCGUGCCGACGCUGUCAACAAGGAGUUCCGGACCAAGUCGAUGACCGCCGAGCAGGAGAAGGAGCUGGUCGCCGCCCUGGACGCGCGCAAGUGGAUGGAAGUGCGGAAGCCCUUCAUCGGCCACGCCGUGGCGCCCGAGGUGAAGCUGAUGCAGGCGUACUGUCAGAAGUUCUUGAACGAGACCAAGGGUGGCCGCGCGCUGAUACGCAUCUCCGCCUACGCACCGCUGAAGCUCAAGGACGGCAACAAGGACAGCGCAGUGUUCGACGAGUGCGAGGAGGUGCUGUUGGACCACAUCAUGUACCUGGGGCUGGGCAAGGAGGCCGUGGUCGUGCUUCCCGUGAUCGUCCCGGACAACGCAGGGAGGCGCCGCCUGCUGAAGACCCACGUCGAUUGCGGCCUGGAGUUCGAGGGCAAGAUCAACUUCGACAACACCUUCGGCCUCAACACCCUGUUCCAGCUGCGCGACCAACAGGCUGAGGCCGGCGUGGGGAGCGGCGAGGCCAUGGACGUGCUGGAGCACCUCGCGAGCCGCGCCACGCAGAUCGAUACCGCUCCGGAUCCAGCGGUCCUGUCCUCCAACGCCACCCACUUCGGUGUGAACCCGUUCACCCGGCAGCACAUGGACUGCGUCCUGCUGAUCCCGGCCUCGCCCGAGUCCCUGGACGCGGGACGCCUGGCCGAGAUCGACAACUGGAACGCGCACAUGAUGUCGCGCUUCGUGCGGGGCGGCCGCACCAUGCCGUCGGUGGCGCUGCUGCUGGCCCUGGUGCUGGAGAGGGCCUUCACGCAGUGGAAGGACGCCCACAAACCCGAGGACAGGGCCGAGGCCGAGAAGCUCAAGGCCGUGUGCAGGGCGUACGUCAGCCGCAUGCGCACGCCUCUCACUUUCAGCGUCGGCCUGCCCGUCAUCAUCGAGGGAACCUUCCGGUUCGCCGCGCGUCUCGCCUGCGGCGUCCUCCAGGGCGCCCUGGACCCCAGCCUGCCCGUCGACGUCCUCACGCAGUUCUGGUACACGCUGACGAACCCUGAAAACGCUGCGAAGGUGUGGGACUGCCUGCGCGUGUACGCCGGGCUGCCCGAAGACACGCCCUUCUCCGCGGAGCACCACCAGACCCUGCGCGCCCUGCAGGCCAGGGCGCAGUACACCAAGUCCGCGCGAGACCUCAAGCUGCGCGAGAAGAAGGGCCGCGGCUACAGCAUCCGGAUGUACAUCAAGCGGCUGGACCAGCUGGCAGACAGCCAUUGCCACCCAGAGCGCCUCCGCGCCGAGGAGAAGGCUGUGCGGCUGGACUUGUUCGGCGUGCCGCUGUCCGAGCCCAUGCUGUGCCUGCACGGCGUGGACGUGGACAAGUGCAUGCCUCUACCCGACCAGGACGUGGAUGUCAUCUGCCUUCAGACUGCGAGGCCCACCUUGCUCAACAAGAAGACCAUGGACAUGUGGUACGUCGGUCAGCCGGAGGAGGCGACGGUCCUCGCCUCCGAGUCAUUCCACAAGGCCAUGUGGCAGCUUGUCCGCAAACGCACCAAGGGGAAGAAGCCCCGCCACGACACCUUCCCGCCCAAGGAGGCCGAGUUCCAGAAGUUCGUACGGAACCGGUUGCGGUCGAUUUACCUCGAGAAGAGCGAUGGUGCCCGCCUGCUGCCGACGGUGCUGUGCGCCCGCCUGGCGCAGGACAUCACGCUCACGUACAACGCGUACGUGGACCUUGUGACGGCCAUCCCCAACAUGAACCGCAAGAAGUUCAUGAAGGCGCUUCGCGUCCCCCGCGAGGUGUGCGCCUUCGGCAACUGUUGCGAGUACAUCCGGAACGUCGUCAGCGAGUCCCAACUGAUGUGGAUCGACAAACACGCCACUCACCUGCAGGUGGCCGGUGACAAGGAGGUGCUCAGCGGGAAGGUGUCGUACAGGCAGCUCGCUUGAGGUGAUCUGAAUAAUUGAAAAAAAAAGUCGGUUUAAAGGGUAGGGUAUAUAAUUGUGGGGCCCGUGGGGCAAACCA